UGCAACACGGGCCACAAGUCUGCAAACCUAGUCUUCCACAAAAUUUCUGUCACAUAGCUGAGUAAAAAAAUUAUGGUCCGCCGACUCCCCGUCAUCAACAACAGACCCGUCGCUGGCUUUGACGCUGUUGUCGGUACUGAAGUCAUAGACUGAAAGUCUGAAACCCAUUUCGGAAGUCGCUGGAACCCAAUGUAAGCCAACCUCAAGUUCGGGGAUUCAGGGCGGGAGUACUCCAAGUGCGUACCUUAAAAUUCAAAAUUCGAAUUGGUGUUAAACUUAUCACACCAAAAACACGCGAAAAUGCAAGGCAGCGAGAGCGAGAAAAUCUUUGAUUCCUACAACCUAAACCCGCAGCUAUUCGUCAAUGAAGUUAUCGAUUCCGUGAACACCAUUGUAAAUGAAGCUUUUGAGUUCUUUCUGCAGGAAACAGCAAAAAAUCUGCAAGUCGAGGGUACUGACCGAUUUGAACCUCUAAAAAAGGGUGUAGAAUAUAUACGGAACAUUGUUCAGUCAAAGCUUGACAAGCGUCAGUAUAUGUGGGAGAAGUACUGUUUGAGCCAGUGCUUUGCUGUUCCACAAGGAUUCUCUUUGCCUCAAGCGGAUAAACCAUCUGUCGAUACUUCCUCAGAUCAGGACGCGGAACUGGAUGCACAGUUGGAUUCCUUGAGAAGCAAACUCGCUCAGGUAGUUGAAGAGUCCACUGACCUCAAUAAAGAACUUCAGGCAUUGGAAAUGCAGUCUAGUAAGAAUAAACGCUCUGCAGCUUCUCUUAACGAAGUGAUACAGUUCUGUGAUGAACUGGGUUUCCAUGAGAAGUUUUCAGAGCUGGUAACAACUGCAUCGGAGCUCCGAUCAUCCUUGGAGAAAAGGGUAACUCAAAUGUCUACUGAGAUUGAACACGAAAGAGCAGAGAAAAUUCGCAAGUUGGAUGAUGAUGAUGAUAAGCUUCGUCUGAAUUAUCAUGGUUAUGGUGACCAUUCUGGUCUCUGUAAUGUUAAACUUGAAGACCUUACACAAUUUCUGGAUGAUGUGAAGACACCGAAUGAUCUUUAGCUCGUUCUGAUUGUGAGCUAAUGAAUGAUGCACAACUCUGUGUCAAUGGCUACUCCCUAUGAAGUCUCUCUCCAAAUUUAGGCGGGUAUUGGCAUGUUAAGUGACCUGCUUCAUUUUUGGCCGUGUACUCGUGGGUAAAAAUAUAGUGAAAAUGUGGCACAAUAUGCAAACAAGAAUGCUCUAUUACUGAUCCUGACGCGCAUGUUUCUGAAACGUAAAUUAAAUCUAAAAAAAAAGAGCUGACCAAGCCUCCCUUUUGUUGAAUCUUACCGGGGAAAGACAUCUACUAAUGUUGCUAUUGAUAUAGGAGAUGAAAAAAUGAUGACUAUUGAGACUUGAGAGAAAUAAAUCUGUGUUGAUGCAAUGUAUGUGUCAGGAUAAGGUGAGACUAAAAUAGAUGUUCAAAUAUAUAUAGUAUACUAGUAUAGAAGUUCACAAUGGGCUAUGGGCCAUGGCACAGAUAAUGGCCUAUGGGCUAUGGCACAUGACUAUGAGCCCAUUUUGCAAUAUCGUGAAAUUGGCUGAAUAUGUUGGUUCUAUUGAAAUUUAUGAACUUUUGGCUGAAGUGGUUGAUUUUGCUAAUUUAU